AUGCCGUCAGACGACGAAGAAGUCUGUCUACAACAAUCAGGAACAGGCGUCUAUGAAAAUGUUGUUUAUACAAAAGAGUGAGAAUUGAUUUUCAAAUAUUCAUAGACAAUGUAUGUAUUUCAAUUUUAGAACAACAAAACGAGCACAAAGAUACGCGCUUGACAAAAAUGAGCGUAAAAACCUGUCGCGCUACUCGGCGGCCGUCAAAAAUUUGAUUCCACUGCGCACAACCAACAUGUAAGAAAUUCGCAAUAUCGGAAGGCACUUCUAAAACUAUCUCAAUUACAGAAACACUAAAAACGGAGGAAGCCGGAUUGAUGAUGCCGGUCUAUUCUCGUUCGUCACAUACUCAUGGGUUUUCCCCUAUUUGUACCAAGCAGUGAGAGGAAAAUUGAAUCGAGAUCAAGUUUGGGGAUGCAGCUUCUAUGACAGUUGUGGAUUGAAUAUGGCUAGGUAACAUUGGAAUCAGACUUUCGCGAAUAUACAUUUUUGCUUCCCAGAGGAGAAUUUUGGUUCUAAGUUUCCGAAUCUUCCUACUCCGUUCCGAUUAUCUGUCGUAACUCUUUUUUCGGCCCAAAGGCAUUUAAAUUUAUUUGCGCAACACAAACAAUGCAAGUAGUAAGUUCUUCCGACAAAAUAAGAAUAAUUGUCGGAAUAACUUGCGGAAUCUUUCUCGGAAGUAAAAAUGAAUCGGAACCGCAAUCAGAAUAUUCUCAUUCGAAGUAAUAGUAUUUCAGACUAGAAGUGUUGUGGGAAGAAGAGAAAAAACUGAACCCGAAAACUCCAUCGUUUUUCAAGGUGAUUUAUCGGUAAGCGAUUAUAUAAUGAACAAGUAAUAAGUGAAAAAAUUGUUAAGAUUCAUAAGUACAAGACUCUGGUUCUCAUGUGCCGUUUUCUUCUUUUGCCUCAUUUUCGGUUUCAUCGGCCCAACCUGCUUCAUCCGACGUCUAAUUGCUUUUGCCGAAAAGCCGGAACGUGAUGAUAACAAUCAAAUUCUUUAUUCCUAUGGAAUUGCUCUCGUAGCAGCAAUAGGAAUUGUCGAAUUUGCGAGAGUUAUCUCCUACGGAGCAACAUGGGCUGUUUCUUACAGGUUUCGUCCGAACUGUGUUAUAGUAAAUUAUCACUAAUCGAGUUUAGAACUGGAAUUCGUGUGCGUGGUGCUGUUCUCGCUCUUCUUUACAAAACAGUGUUGAACUCUAAGGACUUGUGCGGAAGAACUGCUCCAGAUGUCAUCAACAUAUUCGCAAACGAUGGACAACGUCUGUUCGACGCAGUUACCUUUGCCCCUCUUGUUCUUGUUGGACCCCUGGUACUUGUUGGUGGAAUUGGUUAUUUGCUUCUUGUCAUUGGAAAAUGGUCUCUGCUCGGAAUCUUAGUGUUCUUUAUUUUUGAUGUCAUUCAGGUAAUAUUUCCACAUGAUUCACAGUUUUAGAGUGCAAAAUUUUACAGUUCGGUCUCGGAAAGUCGAUGGUUGCAUGCAGAAAUCUUGCAAUUGUCAAGACCGAAAAACGCAUCAGUCUUAUGGGAGAAAUCAUCAAAUACAUCAGAAUCAUCAAAAUCAACAGCUGGGAGGAAAUUUUCAGCAAGAAAAUUAAUGGUAAAUUAGAAUUCAGACCAAACGAAUACUAAUCUUAUUUUUUUAUAGAAUUCCGCCAAGAAGAAAAGAUGCAAAUCCGCAAAUCUGGAUAUGCUCAAUCGUUGGCCAUCGCUUGUGGACCAGUUGUACCUGUUGUCGCCGCAAUUCUCACUUUCUUGGGAGUCGUUCUUGCUGGAAACGAUUUGUUGGCUUCGGAUGCAUUCUCAGCAAUCACUGUUUACUUCGUCAUGCUGUUCGGUAUUCGAAUGAUCCCAUAUGGGUCGAGAUACUUGGCUGAAGCAGUUGUGGCAGUCCGAAGAAUUCAAGAGUAUCUCUUGGUGAGUUGUUUUUAUUUAUUAUUUAUUUAUCAAUAUGUUUUCUCCAGCUAGAGCAAUACACCACGUUCCCCGUAAAUUUGUCCGAUGACACUGUUCUCUAUUGUUCAGAUGCUUCUUACAACUAUCAGCCAAGAAAACCAAAUGGUAAGAUUUGUUAUUUAUAGGUGAAUAACGCUGAAAAUGUUUUACAGCGACCUCUGAAAAUAAAACCGAAGAAGAAAACUUAAUCCUGGAAGCUUCUACGUUCACGUGUUCUUUCAAAAACUUCACCAUUCGCCGUGGAGAACAUAUCGCAGUAAUUGGAGCUGUGGGAAGUGGAAAGUCAGCGAUACUGAAGGCUAUUUCUGGUCACGUACGUUUUAUUCGAAGCUAACAUCCCAGCAAAACAGAACAAUUUUCAGAUGUUUUCUGAUGAUGACGCCAUUUCAGUGGAUCGGACGCAAACUGUCUAUGUGCCACAAACUCCGUGGAUUUUCAAUGGGACCGUUCAGGAUAAUAUCCUGUUUGGUGACAAAAUGAAUACUGAACGAUAUUAUCGCGCUGUGAACGGAUGUCAGCUAACUGAGGACCUGACAGCGUUUCCAAUUGGAGAUCGAACGGAAGUUGGAGAACGGGGAACUACCCUUUCUGGUGGACAGAAAGCACGAAUCUCUCUAGCCAGAGCAGUUUUUCAAGCGAAAAACUUGUAUUUGCUUGAUGAUAUUCUUGCCAGUCUUGAUAAAAAGGUAAUUAUUUAUAAGAAAACAACAAAACUACAGUUUUUUACAAGAAUUAUUUUGCAGGUUGCUAACAAAGUCUACAGUGAAGUACUUCAAAAGCUUUUGAAAAAGAAGUCGGUGAUAAUGGUCACCAAUAAUAUGGCGGUACUAUAUUCCGAAUCUACAUUUUCUUUACUUAACAAUCACUUUUUACAGGUUCUAAAUGACUUCGAUCGUGUUAUUUUUAUUGAAGCCGGUCAAAUUGUUGCCGACGGUCAUCACGAAGCGUUGCUUCAGCAGAAUGCAACUUACAAAAAUUUUGUAGACGCCUGCCAGACUUAUCAAACUUCUAGCGAGCUCUCUUCGCCAGAAGAAUCGCCAGCUAAACACUACGAAGCGGAGUCAGCAGAGAUCGCCAGUGAAUCGAAGCCUGAUCAACUGAUUGAAGAUGAGGAAGAUAUGGGAAACAGUAACAUCGCUUUCAACAUUUAUAUGUGAGUUUCUGUCGUGCUCAGAGCGCUAAAUCAAACAUCAAUUUUUAGGAAAUACAUCCAUGCUGCUGGUUCCUGGCCAAUUUGGGUGUGCCUGGUUAUUGGAUUCAUUAUCAAUGUGACUUCAAAUAUUUUCUCCACAUACUGGCUGUCAAGAUGGCUCAAAAAAGGACAUGAAGAGAAAGUGUUGGAAGUUAAUGGGACAAAUUACCUAACAUCUAGUGAGAGUCUUGCGGAAAGUCCACUCACCUCAUUCUAUGCUUCCGUUUACCUUGUCUCCCUUGUUAUUCUCACGCUUUCCGGACUUUUCAAAGCUUGUGUUUUCGUAAAGGUACACACUUUUAUUCGAUUUUAUGGGAAAAUGAUUGAGGAUGAUAUUUUAAGGUGUCACUUACCGCCGCAACUCGACUUCACGAUCAAAUGUUCAACGCCCUGAUCCGUGGAGCAACAAGCUUUUUCGAUUCGACACCAACUGGCAGAAUCUUAAACAGAUUCUCCAAGGAUAUGGAUGAAAGUGAGACCCUUCAGUAUAGAUAGUUGCAUAAAACAAUCGAGUAACUUUUAGUUGACGUCAAACUUCCCUUCACCGCAGAAGUUUUCCUUCAAAACAUGAUCACCUGUCUUGGAUUCCUCGUGGUCAUCGUCUCCGUGUUCCCGCUAUUCUUGGUAAAAACAAUUUCAUAAAUUAUACAAAAACUUAGGAGAAAAUUUGAGGCGUUUGCGAUUCCACUGUUCGUAAUUUUUCUCGUGUUCGUUUCAUGUUUCCGCGCAGGAAUCAGAAAGUGAGUAACUCGUUUUUGAGAAGAAACAAACCAGCAUACAAAAAUUUCAGUUUGAAGCGAUCCGAGCACAUCUCCCGAUCCCCACUGUUUGACCAUGUGACGUCAAGUCUUGAAGGAUUGACCACCAUCCACUCAAUGCAACAAGGCAACCGAUACUUGGAUACUCUUAAGAAGCACUUGGAUUCCAAUAGCGGAGCUAUUUUCAUGUUCCAAUCAGCCAUGCGUUGGCUAGCUGUUUGGUUGGAUCUUCUCGUAGUCGUCAUGACCUCAAUCGUUGCUCUUUUGACUGUAGUGCUGACUGGAACUGUUUCUCCGGCCGACGCUGGAAUGGCAAUUGCGUUUGCAGUGCAAAUGAGUGGUAUCUUCCAGUUUGCUGUAAGAACUCAAACGGAACUUGAAGCGAAAAUGACUAGCGUGGAAAGAGUUGCUUAUUAUUCGAAGGUAUAGGCUGGAAACAUUUAGCAUCCCUUCAAUACUCUGCUUUUCAGAACAUUCCAUCCGAUGGAGAAUGGGAAACUCGACGAGGUGUUGAUGUACCGUCUUCGUGGCCAGCUCACGGACAGAUUAACUUCUCUGGGGUGAAACUUCGCUACCGACCAAACUUGCCAUUAGCGCUAAACGGAAUCACAUUCGAAAUAAACGCUGGAGAAAAAGUCGGAAUUAUAGGAAGAACUGGCUCUGGAAAGUCAUCCAUGGGCAGCUUGCUGAGUAGAUUGUACCCCGUCACUUCGGGUAAUAUCUUUAUUGACGGAGUGGACAUCAGCACAGUUGGAUUGACUAAAGUGCGACGUGCAGUCUCGGCAAUCGCUCAAGACCCAGCACUCUUCUCCGGCACUAUCCGUUUCAACUUGGACCCCUCCAACGAUUUCUCAGAUUCUGAAAUUUGGACAGCUCUUGAGAAAUGCUACUUGAAAGAUUUGGUGACAACUUUGGACAAGAAGCUUGAAGCGGAUGUAAGCCACGGCGGUGAUAACUUUUCAGUCGGAGAGCGACAGCUGUUCUGUCUUGCGCGGGCACUUUUAUCCAAGUCUCGUGUAGUGAUUCUGGAUGAGGCAACCGCUUCUGUGGAUGCAGCUACUGACAGAUUGAUUCAAACCGUGAGUUUUUCCCAAGUAUUAGAAAAAACAAAGACUAUACAUUUAGGUAAUCAAAACCGUCUUUGUUGAUGCCACUAUACUUAUCAUUGCUCAUCGCCUGGACAAUGUGCGGAACAUGGAUCGUGUUAUGAUGCUCAAAAACGGAUCACUUGUCAACUUCACAACACCACAAGAGAUUUUCAAAAAUGAUUGGUCUGUAUACAGACUUGAUGAUAAAGGUAAGCACAGAAGCACCGAAACUUAAAAUGCAAAAUGCACAUGAGUUGUUUUUAGAAGAUGAUGUAAACUCGACCGUAGUGAUCGAAGAAAACAGUGAGCAUACAAGUGGCGAGAAUGCAGACAAGAGCUCCCAAGGAAGCAGUCAAGAAUCAGAUGAUAUUGUGAAAAUUGAGAAAAAACAAGAAAGCAGUUCGGAUAACGUUGAAAGUGGUGAAGACGAUGGCAAACCUGAAUUUCAAAACAAAGAUAGCGACACAGACCUGGAAGUUGUAAAUUGA